UAGUCAACUAUCGAUAUAAUACAAUCAACCGGUUUCAGUUACGCCUGCACCGAAAUGCGCUUUUUACGGGGCUCCAAGUUAUUUUAUCCUCUGGUGCGCAAUUCCUCGACACAAGCUGGAAGACGACGAGUGGUGAUCACUGGAAGCGGAGCCGUAACGCCACUGGGCAACAAUGUGCAGGACUCCUGGCAACGUGUGCUGGCUGGGGAGUCGGCAAUCUCUCACCUGGGGCCUCAGUUCAAGGGCCUGCCGUGUCAGGUUGCCGCACAAAUUUCAAGGGAAAACUUGCAGCUGGACACGCAUCUGAGCAAAACAGACAUCAAGCUAAUGAGCCCUGCCACGCAACUGGCUGUGCUGGCAGCUGAGGAAGCUCUGGCCUCGGGCAAUCUCAAGCCCAAGGAGCUGAGUGAGGAGCAGCGGGAACGCAUUGGGGUCUGUGUCGGAAUGGGAAUGUUCGAUCUGACGGAGGUUUACAACACCUGGAACCAGCUGCAACGUGGCUACAAUCGUGUCAGUCCCUUCUUUGUGCCCAGACUGCUGCCCAGCAUGGCGUGUGGCCACAUCAGCAUGCGGCACGGUCUGCGCGGGCCCAACCACUCCGUUUCAACUGCGUGUGCCACUGGAGCCCAUGCCCUGGGCGAUGCCAUGCGAUUCAUACGCAACGGAGAUGCAGAUGCGAUGCUGGCGGGCAGCGGAGAGGCUUGCAUCGACCCCCUGUCUAUAGCUGGCUUCUGCAGAUUGCGCGCCCUGAGUACAGCAUUUAAUGAUAACCCAGCCGUGGCCUCGCGACCUUUUGACAAGGCGCGUGAUGGCUUUGUGAUGGGCGAGGGUGCAGCUGUGCUGCUUCUGGAGGAACUUGAGCACGCACGCGCCCGUGGCGCCCCCAUUCUAGCGGAGCUGCUGGGCUAUGGUCUUUCUGGCGAUGCACACCACAUCACAUCCCCCAGCGAGGAUGGAUCUGGAGCCACACUGGCCAUGCAGCGAGCCCUCAAAGAUGCCGGUGUCAGCCCCGAGGAAGUCAGUUACGUGAACGCCCAUGCCACAUCCACGCCCACUGGCGAUCGCAUCGAAUCGCAUGCCAUUCGACGAGUGUUUGGCGAUCACACGCCGCAGGUUCAAGUAUCCUCGACCAAGGGUGCACACGGACACCUGCUGGGCUCCUCCGGCAAUCUGGAAGCGCUCUUCGUGGUGCAUGCUUGCUCGGAGAACACCCUGCCGCCUUCCAUCAACAUUGAGCAGCUGAAUGUGGAUGUAAAUGUGGUGACCAAAGCUUGCAAAUGGUCCGAGGGGCAGGGACGUCGCGUAGCUCUGAAGAAUUCCUUUGGCUUUGGCGGCACCAAUGCCUCCCUGUGCAUUGCCAGCUACUCCGAAGAGUAGAGCGGAGGACAUUUAAGUUGUUUUUAGAUUAUUGUUAUCCAUGGAAAUAAAAAUCCUGAAUGUUUUGCAUAUUUUUAGGAAAAAUGUUAA